AUGUCUGACGACGAAGACUACGAUAUUGCAGGUUCUUUGGCCCUCACGGGUAAAGACUUCGACUCUGACUCUGACUCCGACUCUGGGUUUGGGUCUGGUGGUUUCGACAGCGACAAUGAUGAUCCCAAAGACAUAGUCAGCGAUGAUGAAGAUGAAAAACCAGCCAAGAAGAAGCUCAAAGCCACCAAGGCAGCCAAGGCUGCUAAACCGCAAGAUGCAGCAUUUCCUAGUCUUGAGCUUUCAGAUGAUGAAGAAAACGCCGACUCCAAGGAUAUUGCAUCGUAUUUUGCUGUGAACAACCCUAAUGCUAAGAAGGCCAAGGCAGGAACAUUUGCAUCAUUCGGUCUCUCCAAGUACAUCUUGGGUAACAUCAACAAAAAGGGUUUCAGACAGCCAACUCCAAUCCAAAGAAAAACCAUUCCGUUGAUCAUGGAGAACCGUGAUGUGGUGGGUAUGGCCAGAACCGGUUCCGGUAAGACUGCAGCCUUCACUCUUCCCGUUAUUGAGAAGUUGAAGUCACACAGUGCUAAAGUAGGUGCUAGGGCGGUAAUCUUGUCGCCAUCGAGAGAGUUGGCCUUGCAAACAUUCAAGCAGGUGAAAGAGUUCAGUCGUGGAACAGACUUGAGAUCCAUUGUGCUUAUAGGUGGUGACUCUUUGGAAGAGCAGUUCUCCUCUAUGAUGAGCAAUCCCGACAUUAUCAUUGCUACUCCAGGUAGAUUUUUGCAUUUGAAAGUGGAGAUGCAAUUGGAUUUGAGCACUGUCGAGUACAUUGUAUUCGAUGAGGCUGACAGAUUAUUCGAAAUGGGUUUCGCAGAACAGUUGAACGAAUUGUUGGCUGCUUUGCCAUCCUCUAGACAAUCCUUGUUGUUUUCUGCCACCUUGCCUAGAUCUCUUAUUGACUUUGCCAAGGCCGGUUUGACCAAUCCCGUUUUGGUGCGCUUGGAUGCCGAAAGUAAGAUCUCUGAUCUUUUGCAAAUGGCAUUCUUUUCUACCAAGAAAACAGAAAGAGAUGCUGCACUUUUGCACACCCUUCUGGAAGUGAUUAAGAUGCCUACGGCUACUCAAGAAGAAUUGGCAAAGAUCAAGAGAGAGAGCAAGAAGGCCGAUGAACUUUCCGAAGAUGAAGGGGACGAUUCUGCAAAGAAUGGUAAGAGAAAGAGAUUCAAGAAGGAGCGUUUGCCUCCCGCUAAUGAGCUUCCUUCACCAUUUUCAACUAUUGUCUUUGUUCCAACAAAGCAUCACGUUGAGUACGUGACAGGAUUGUUGAGAGAUGCCGGUUUCCUUGUCUCUUACAUUUAUGGUUCAUUGGACCAGCGUGCUAGAAAGGAACAGUUGUACAGAUUUAGAAUCGGACUUACUAGUAUUUUGGUCGUCACCGAUGUGGCUGCUCGUGGUAUCGAUAUUCCAAUUUUGGCCAAUGUUAUCAAUUACACCUUGCCUGGCUCUUCCAAGAUCUUCAUUCAUAGAGUGGGUAGAACUGCCAGAGCUGGAAACAAAGGUUGGGCAUACUCUAUCGUAAGCGAAAACGAACUUCCAUAUUUGCUAGACUUGGAGCUCUUCCUUGGAAGGAAAAUCUUGCUCACCACAAUGCAUGAGCAGAAGUGUGAGUUGCUCAAGGCUUCCAAGGGAACUGAUUUCGUGGAGCCCAAGGUUUCCUAUACCGACAGAAUGGUUUUGGGAGCCAUUCCACGUAUCCAGCUAGAGACCUCCCAAGAAAUGACUGAGAACCUCUUGCGUAAUAAUUACGACUUGAGGGGUCUCAAAGAAGUUGCUGCCAAAGGUGAGAAAUUGUAUCAUCGUACUAGGCAAGCUGCCUCCACUGAAUCUGUGAAGAGAAGUAAGGAAAUCAUGGAUACUGGCGCUUGGGAUGAGCAACACUUGCUCUUUGGACCUAAUUUGGAGAAGGAGAAGGAGAAGUUCCUUGCAAAGUUGAACAAUAGAAACAUUAAGGAAACCGUCUUCGAGUUCAGCAAAAAGGGCAGAGAAAAGGAAGAGGACUCUCUUGUCACUUUGAUGAAGAGAAGAAGAAGACAGAUUGCUCCACUCCAGCGCAGAGCAAAAGAAAGAAAGGAGUUGCUUGAAAAAGAGCGUGCUGCCGGUUUGAGUCACACUAUUCAAGAUGAGAUCUUGAAGGGAGAUGCCGGUGAAGUCGGCUACCACGUUACCAGUAUUGAAGCUGACGAUGCGGAGUUGGAAGAGGCAUUUGAAGACGCAGACCAAUUGAUUCAAAAGAAGAAAGAGAAGAAGAAGUCGUUCAAGGAUCCACAGUUCUACAUGAGCCACCAUCAGUCUGCUGAUGUCAUCCAGGACCAGCAGUUGUCGUUGAAUUCUUCGUUUGCUAAUGAUGCUGCCAAAGCCACAUUUGACUUGGAUAACGAUGACAAGUUGCAGAAAAACAGUCAGGUCAUGCGUUGGGACAAGAAGAAGGGUAAGUACAUCAACAGCCAAUCUGUUGAAGGUAAGAAGUAUAUUAUCGGCGAGAGUGGACAGCGUAUCCCUGCUACUUUCAGAUCCGGUAAGUUCGACGAGUGGAAGAAGCUGAGAAGAAUUCUGUCGAUGUCUUCCGCCAUGGCCGAAUCUACCGAGAACAAGGAAGAUAACAAGAGGUAUAAGCAUAAGAAGGUCACUGCGCCUAGAGCUCCAGAUAAGUUCCGUGAUGAUUUCCACAAACAGAAGAAGAAGGUGAACAAGGCUGUUGAGUCAGGAGUUAAUGUCAAGGGAUUUAAUAGACCAGGUCAGAAACAGGAGUUGAAGUCCACGGCAGAGAUUAGAAAGGCAAGAAACUUGAAGGAGCAGAGAAGAGCCAAGAAUGGUCGUCCCAGCAAGAGGCGUUAG